UGCGCGAGAAGAGAGCCCCGUGAUUCCCGUCCCGCGAGAUUGACGACGAUCGAAUCUUUGUGUGAAAAGUCCGAUUUGUCCGCAUCUUUUCGCUCUCAUAAUGGCGCUUCACUCCGCGGGAAAGGGAAAACUUUUGGCGGUGAUCGGUGACGAGGAUACUUGCGUGGGCUUUUUGCUGGGUGGAGUCGGAGAGAUCAACAAGCAUCGCCAGCCGAAUUUUAUGGUCGUUGACAAAAACACACCAGUAAGUGAGAUAGAAGACACAUUCAAACGAUUUAUCAAACGUGAUGACAUCGACAUCAUUCUCAUCAAUCAAAAUGUAGCCGAGAUGAUUCGUCAUGUGAUCGACAGUCACACUCAACCGAUACCUGCAGUGCUGGAAAUUCCGAGCAAAGAUCACCCGUACGACGCCAGCAAAGAUUCCAUCCUGAGACGUGCUAAGGGAAUGUUCAAUCCAGAAGAUAUUCAUUAAUAUAAAAUUAAUGUAAUAUGAUGUGUGUGUGUUAAAUGGAAUAAUGCCAAAAGUGUACAGUAAGAUAUUGUUCCAUUGGUUGUUGUGCAUUCCAUUUGUUUCUCUCUUAAAGUUAUACCUGUCACACGCUUUCAUGUGAAAAAAAAAAAAA